AUGACUCAAAUGCACAAUACAGUGUUUUACAAGAGCGCUUUGGAUGCCCAGCAACAUACUUGUCCACCGAUUGAGGAAUAUGAACCGAACUAUAUCGAUAACCUGCAUAUGAUAUUCUUUGAGCAGAUCUUCGAGGAGAUUGAUAACUUGAGCGAUCAGGUUAGGAUGGCCAGGGCAUAUCCCCAGUUUAUGCCGCAGAUCCUCAAGUUCUGGCAGAGAAGGCUUCACCUGAUCGUGGGACCCAAUACCCCGUUCCUGGGACUCCUGGACAUCGAGGACUAUGUGUUCUUCAUGGAGCACAUGGCUGACAGCUUCACCGACCUGCAUGUCCACGAAGAUGGCGUUGGCUCCUUUGCCGAGUUCUACGACUACAUCACACAUUUGUGUGACAUCAACAUCACAAAAUUUCCCAAGGUGGACACUUGCAUAUUGGCGGGCAAUCCCAACACAGUGGUUGAUGAGGACAUUAGGGAUCUCACAGUAAUGCUGCCCAAUCUGAAACGCCUGAUGACCUGCAUGAACCUAUCUGGAUUGUAUAUACGCGGAUUCAGAAAGCUGGAGGAGCUAGUUUUCAACUCCCUGUACCACUCGGUGCCACUGGACAGCCGCUGGGUGCAGGAGAUCUGCCUGAACAUGACCCAGCUGCGGGUCCUCGACAUCACCGAUCAGUUCGACAGUUGCGUCCGACUCACGGACAUCAAGUUGCCCAAUCUGGAGGUGCUGAAAAUCAAUCUGAGCACCGUGGAGGGUAUGCUCUCCGAGGUUCUUCAGCUGCCCAAAUUAAAAAACCUGUCCGUUCGGUUCGACGACUCCCGGCAACUGAAUGCGGAUCAGGAGACCAUCUUCCAGCAGAUUGUGAUGGCCAAGAGCGACAGGAUCACCAGGAUUGCCCUGAACAACGAGGUGGUGCAGUUGCCAGCACGCUGGCAAAACAGUCUGCUGCUGGAACUGCCCAAGCUGAGGAAAGUGGUCUGCGAGAACUGGUACCACAACGACUUCUUCCUGGACCGCCAGCACAUGCCUUGCCACCAAAUGGAGGUGAUCAGCUUCAGUGGCUGGGAGAUCGUCCGGGAGUAUCAGCUCCUCGAAAUGGUGGCCGAGUGUGUCAAUCUUGAGCACCUAGCCCUGAACAGCUACCACAGCAACUGGGAAAAACUUAACAAGCUGGUGAACAUUCGCAACCAGGAACGCAACCCGAGACCCCUGCAAGUUUUCAGCGACAUGAUGUGGGGCAACUUCACACCCGAGGAAUAUUAUCACUGGCGGUGCAACAAGUAUGUUCAAGUCACCUGCGAUAGCAGCGAAUACGAAUACCAGGAGGAUGGUUUUGAGUUCGAUUUUGAGUAAUCAAUAGGUCAAAAAUGGCGGAUUGUA